UGCUCGCAGGCCAUCAUGGCGUCUCCCAGUGGGAAGGGAGUCCGGGCGCCGGAGGCUCCUGGCUGCGGGCCCCGGCCGCUCGCCCGGGACCUGGUGGACUCGGUGGACGACGCAGAGGGGCUGUAUGUGGCGGUCGAGCGAUGCCCGCUGUGCAACACCACCCGCCGGCGGCUGACCUGCGCCAAGUGCGUCCAGAGCGGCGAUUUCGUCUACUUCGACGGCCGCGAUCGUGAGAGGUUUAAAGAUAAGAAGGAGCGAUUAAACCAACUUAAGAGCAAGCAAGAAGAAUUUCAAAAAGAAGUAUUAAAAGCUAUGGAAGGAAAAUGGAUAACAGAUCAGUUGAGAUGGAAAAUAAUGUCCUGCAAGAUGAGGAUUGAACAGUUGAAACAAACUAUAUGUAAAGGAAAUGAAGAAAUGAAGAAAAAUUCUGAAGGCCUUCUCAAAACCAAGGAAAAGAAUCAGAAACUUUACACUCGAGCACAACGACAUCAAGAGAAAAAGGAGAAGAUUCAGAGGCACAAUCGCAGACUCGGCGACAUGGUAGAAAAAAAAACCAUUGACUUAAAAAGUCAUUAUGAACGUCUGGCAAACCUUCGGCGAUCUCAUAUAUUAGAGCUCACCUCUGUCAUUUUUCCAAUUGAGGAAGUAAAGACUGGUAUGAGAGAUCCCGCAGACGUGUCUUCAGAGAGUGAUAGUGCCAUGAGCUCCAGCACUGUGAGCAAGCUCGCCGAAGCCCGGAGGACAACCUACCUGUCUGGGAGAUGGGUCUGUGACGACCACAACGGGGACACCAGCAUCAGCAUUACCGGGACUUGGAUCAGCCUUCCUAACAAUGGGGACUACUCUGCCUACUACAAUUGGGUGGAAGAGAAGAAAACCACUCAGGGGCCUGACAUGGAGCACAAUAACCCCGCCUACACGAUCAGUGCUGCCUUGUGCUAUGCCACUCAGCUCGUCAACAUUUUGUCCCAUAUACUCGACAUAAAUCUUCCUAAAAAGCUGUGCAACAGUGAAUUUUGUGGGGAAAAUCUCAGCCGACAGAAAUUUACUCGAGCAGUGAAGAAACUGAACACAAAUAUUCUCUAUCUUUGCUUUUCUCAGCAUGUAAAUCUAGAUCAGUUACAACCACUGCAUACCCUCAGGAAUCUCCUGUACCUAGUCAGCCCGAGCUCGGAGCACCUGGGCAGGUCAGGACCCUUUGAAGUGCGUGCAGACCUUGAGGAGUCCAUGGAAUUUGUGGAUACUGGUGUCGCUGGAGAAUCAGAUGAGAGCGGAGACGAGCACAUAAGUGAUGAGGAAACUGACCUGGGCAUGGACUGGGAGAACCUGCCGAGCCCCCGCUUUUGUGAUAUCCCCUCCCAGCCCGUGGAAGUGUCCCAGAGCCAGAGCACCCAGGCGUCCCCGCCCAUCGCCAGCAGCAGUGCCGGUGGGAUGAUCUCCUCCGCCGCAGCCUCAGUGACCUCCUGGUUCAAAGCUUACACCGGACACCGCUAGAGGAGCAUGGACCCAAACAUGCCACGUUUGUAUCGAGAAAGUUCUACUUGCUCCAGUAAAAUUUAAGUGUUUAGUUUAAAUAGUGCCUGGAACAAAGAGAGUGUAAACUUUUGUUUUUUCAGUAGGGAGACGAGCAUUUCUGUCAGAUGGCCAAGGGUGAUGGCCAACAUCCUUACGAUGAUGUAACAGAGGGAUCAGUGGUUCUUCUCCCCAAACCUGUUGGUGGAAUAAGGACUUGUGCACGUGGACACCUCUGUUGAGGCAGAAAUUCCUUUGAGUUCCCUCUGCUCACAGGCCACAGGCCCCGCAGAUACGGGCUUACUUGUUGGUCCUGUGAUGCUGUUCCUGAACAUGUUGGUUUUAGAGGUUGAAUCACAGGGAAGUGAUUCUUGAUGAUUAGGACUUGAAAGAUAAAAAAUUUGAGUUUGUUUUUAUGCCAUCUGUUUUUUGUACAGAGAGUCAGAGGGCAGUAUGAAAUACCAAUUUCUCUAUAAUUUGGUCAUAUUUGACUUUUAGGUAAAGGAUUUUGGUUUUGUUUGCAAGGGGUGGUCUUUUGGGGGGAAGGGUUAGAUUAGAAACUAUUCAUUUGUGCUGCUCUGUUGUAGCAUGUUGGACAUUCCUGUUUUUCUUUCUACCCACACACCAAAGAAACUAAGAUCUUGUUUUCUUUAGGACCAUAUCCAUGAACAGAAGAAAUCCUCGCUGCAAUAAUGUCCUAGAGAUUUUUUAAACCAUUUUCUUGUAUUCUGAGGAUAAUUUAGUUCAUUCUUAUCUACAUUAUUGAAUUCUUACCUUCUGUACUAUGUACAUUUUGAAAUUGAACUUAUUUUGUGUGUGAGUGAAAAUUAAGUUAUGGAGGUUGUUCCUUUGUAAGCUAAAUGCCUCCUGGGGCACAGGUUAAAGGUUACGUCAUUGAGGAGCCUCUGGUCAUCCUUCCUGUGUCCAGUUUUCUCUAAGGUAUUUAGUAGUAAAGGUUUGUUGCUUUUUUUUUUCCUCCAGGGAAAGCAUCCUGCUUGUUUCUUUCCUGGAGGUCUCCAUUGCUCUAAGGACACUACUUUGGCUCAGAAAUGCAGAGCAAUCAUUAUAGCUGAUAUUACUCUUCUCUAUCCUAAGGGAAAGCGCAGACAGAAUUUUCCCUCACCCAGCUCAUUUUCAGCUAAUGUGUGUCAUUCUCUUGGUGACAAUCUUACAAGAAAACUGUAGAGAGGCAUUAUGUACAAAUAUGUAAGUAGAUUUUUAUUUUUAAUACCUGCAAAAAAAGAAAAAAAACCCUAUGUUAACAAUUACAAAAAGAAAUCCUAUGAAAAGUUCCUAACAGGCAUUACCACCAUAUCUUGUUAGUGUGAUUAGCAUGAUAGUACCUCAGAUAAAUCAUUUGGAGGUUUGUUCCUUAGCUUCUUUUCUCACUGUAAUUACUAUAGUUGAUAAUUUGCCUCCAAAUCCGAGGUGCUAUAUAGCUUUUGCUAUUGAUAUAAGUAGUGUUUGGUAGACUUUUGGGUAGAGCUGCAGGGGGUGUGUAUUCCUAUCUAGGAGUCCCAAGUUCCUAGGCUAUGAAUUUUCCACAAAGGGAGGAAACAUUGUUUCUCCACAUGGGAUUUUAUACAACUGGUAUCUGUUCUAAGUGCUCAGCUUCCUGAUGUCUGGGCUGGUGUUGUACCUCUCAAGUCUGUAUUCACAGAGAGUGGGUGUAGUGGACUUGAACUUAAAAUCCCAUGAGGUAAGAGUUGUCCAGGCACUUCAAACCCUCAGAAAGAAGAGCUUAGUCUCAAGAGUUGGAAGUCUGGGAUCUGGCGCUUAGGGGUAGAGAUUGACUUCAGCAUAAAGAGGCAUAGAAGUCAUAGUUUUUUCCAAGCAAGCCACUUAGGAGACCAUGAAUGUGAGAUGGAGUUAAGGAAUUAGAAUCCAGAGAUCACAAACUCCUAUCUAGAGUAACUCAACACAAUUUACAAAGAUAGGGGAAAUUUAGGAUAUAAUAGGGUGUAUUUUGUUGUUAAUGAUAUCAGCUAGAGGCACUUUACUUAGGGUAAAUGGUCAAACCCUUUAGUGAUUUUGAACACCAACAUACUGGCUUACACUGCUGAGAUGUUUUGGUUUUCAUUAUUUUGCACUGGAUCCACCAUGUAAACAUUCUUAAAAUAUACAUUUCAACCACUGUUUUUUCUACUCUUUGCUGCUCAUUAAAUCUUUCAUGUAGGUGCCAGAACUAUAUAUAAACAGCUUUUUAAAUUGAAACUGGUAUUUUUUUAAACAAAAAGCCAUAGAAUUGGGUCAUGUUUUCCAUAUUAAAAUAAUCUAUUGAAAUAAGAUAAUACUAAAACAACUCAUAGGCACCAAAUAGGCUGCUUAAAAUGGUCUUCUAAAGACUUUUUUUUGUAAUGGAAUAUAAGUUUUGCACAUCUGUAAGUUAAGGAGUAAACAAUGUCAACAUUGGGUGGAGCGCACAGGAGUCAUUCAAGGAUUCGGGUGUCCAUCACUAGGAAAGUGCGUUUGGGGCAUGCUGUUAAAGAACUAGUGUCCUAGAAUCUCCUCACAGUGUCAUGUUGCAGGAAUUUCCAUUGCUCUGCGACUUCCAAACUAAUUUGAGUCAUUCAAAUGUUUUCUAAACUUUUAUUGUAUUAUUGCAAUAAAUCUUUUAACAGUACUCUAUU